AGCAGUCGUUAUGACGAUGCCAACGAUACAGCAAGGGGAUCGAGGUGUGAUUCCGUUGUUGGUGCUGUGUUAAGGGAAAUUAUUACCUUUUCCAUUCUCCUCGGUUUCAUUAUCAGAAAACUGAAGAAUAUAACUAACGCGCAAUUGUUCGUGUCGGCCAUACUUACGCACGCGUAUUGUGUAUCACGCCGCACAAAUUCGUUUUGGCGGUUUGCUGGUGCACGCACGCGGCAUACGGCGGCGGAGGGUAGCAGCAGGGAGUGAGAGAGAGAGAGAAAGAGAGCGCGCGCGCGAUUAAGCAGAGGAAGGAAGGUGGUAUCGCGGUAACGUUGGUUUUUUAGGUGACCGGCAAGCUGCACGGUGAAGUGAGAAACGUGACAUGGAAUUGCACACUCCGAAACGUGAAUCGCGGCCUAUGACGGAAGCGUUGCCGUGCAGCCCGCCUAUGUGCGAUACAAUGCUUUAUCCGUGGAACUGGGGCGAAGAGGCCAGAAAUGUGAACCUGAGCCCAGGCAGCUCUUGCUCUUCGCCGGAGUAUCGGGAUCAUAGCGUGGUAGCUACGAGAACGGGUCCUAGAUCACGUUCCGGAGGCUCCGAGAGUCAUCGCCGUGGCCGGCCCAGAGCGGAUGCUCUCUCGAACCUCAUGAUACAGGGAAGCACGUCGCCGAGUAGCAUAAAAUGCACCUAUUGCAACCGGGUCUUCCCACGAGAAAAAAGCCUCCAAGCACAUUUGCGUACCCACACAGGGGAACGUCCAUAUCCUUGUGAUUAUCCAGGAUGCACAAAAGCUUUUACACAAUCAGGACAAUUAAAAACUCAUCAGAGAUUACAUACAGGAGAAAAACCAUUUCUGUGUACAGAACCUGGUUGUGAAAUGAGAUUUACACAUGCAAACAGACACUGUCCAGAUCAUCCCUAUGCAACUCUAACUCGUUCUGAUGACUUUGUAUUAAAGCCUGUAUCUGAAAAUACUGAAUUACCUCAUGAUGUAACUAGAUGGUUGGAGCGUUAUAAAAUGUCUAGGGAUCACAAAAGAGUCAAGUCUAGGAAGGGCCUGAUGAUGGAUGCAACAGGUGAACAAGAGAACUUAGACUGUAAGGCUUCCAAUCAAAGAUUGUACUGUGGUGAAAGUCAAGAUAGCCAAGAGGAAAGUCAAGAUGAGGACCCAGCAGAAACAUGUAAUAUGUUGCAAAUAUCAGAAGAUGAAGAACUAUCUACAAAAUUGGCAAUUACUCCCUUAAGAAGACCUUUAGAUAGACUUCAACCAAAGAAAAGGUGGUUACGUGAAGCUUGUUUGGAGCAGCAGUUAGCUAAACCUUUAAAUUGGGAUAAUAAGCCUGUUAAUGUAGCAGUAACCACUUCAUUCAAAAAUAAUAAUGGUAGUCAGGUGCACUGGAGUGCACUGAUAGAUAACUCGUCUAAUGUUUCAGACACUUCGUGUGCAAAUGCAUGCAAAAAAGAAAUUGAACUUGUAAAGUCAGAGUUGGAUCCUGCUUAUAUAUCUACUCAUGCAUCUUGGGAUGUAACUAACGGUAAUAAUGAAUCUCUAAAAGACCCUGCAAAAGAGGAACAGAAGUAUGUCUUUGAAGCCCAUACUGCAAUGUCUCAAACUAUUUGGAGUUCUCAGAAUAACACAAAUGAUUUUUCAAAUAAUGAAGCCGAAAUUAAAACUAAUAUCAGUCAGUCUGUGUGUAAGCUUGAAUGGGAUAAUGAUGUGGUUAAAGAGAAUUCCAAGUCCUUGUUGAAUCAAGCGCAUAUGAAGAAUACGAAUUUAGCUCAAAAAGAGGUAUCUACACAAGAUACAUUUAUGCAAUCUCAUAUUAGUGAGAACAUAAUGAGACCAACUGUCCUGAUGUUAGCUGGAAGUUCUAAUAACAAUAAUAGCAAUAAAGAUAGUGUUUUAAAAGUAAUACCUGCAGAGCCUGAGACAACAACAAAAGUAGUUAUUGUUAAACAGGAAGAUGACCAUAUAAAGUUACCAAUUCCAGAGGACAGUCAGAAAUGGUUAGGUGCAUUAGCUUUAAUGGAGCUAGCUAAAAACCAAGAAGAGACAGUAAGAGGUUUAAGUCUAAAACAACUCUUAUAG